AAGUCACAGAGUCAAGAUGGCGGCGAGGAACGGGAAGAGCGGUCUGCUGGAGAAAUGGAGGAUCGAUGAGAAGCCGGUGAAGAUCGAUAAAUGGGACGGAGCUGCAGUGAAGAACUCUCUGGACGACGCUGCCAAGAAGGUGGUGCUGGAGAAGUACGGCUACGUGGAGAACUUCCAGCUGGUGGACGGCCGGCUGCUGAUCUGCACCGUCUCGUGUCUCUUCGCCAUGCUGGCUCUGGUCUGGGACUUCCUGCACCCCUUCCCCGAGUCCAGACCGGUGCUCGCCUGCUGCGUCAUCUCGUACUUCAUCAUGAUGGGGGUCCUGACCCUCUACACGUCGUACAAAGAGAAGAACAUCUUCCUGGUGGCUCUGAACCGGGACCCUGCUGGGAUGGACCCAGACCACAUCUGGCAGCUCAGCUCCUCCCUGAAACGGUUUGAUGACGUGUACUCUCUCCGGCUGACGUUCUCUGACGGUAAAUCUUCGUCCUGGUCCGACGCAGAGUUCAGUCGCUCCGUGUCGGCGUUCUUCGAUGAGAACGGGACUCUGGUCAUGGACCAGUUUGAGAAGUGUGUGUCCGAGCUGCACGACUCGCUGAGCUCCGACAAGAAGACCAAGUAACCUUCAUCAUCGUCAUCAUCAUCGUGUCCCAGUUAUAAAACAGAAAACUGAAAAGGUCCAAUAAAACAAAGAUUUGAGGGAUUUGUAAUAAAUGUUCAUUUUGAUUGGUUAACGGUUACUUCCUGUUACUUUCCGCCUCGUCUCCUGAGCUUCUUCUGUGUCGGCAGGUCUUUGAACGCACCGUGACUGCACGUUAGAUGUUUAAUAGCAGAUCAGCUGAUCAGUUCUAACCAAUCACAGCGCAGCACGUCAGCUGAUUUUUGUUUUUGUUAAAAUGUUUCUUUGAUGUUCAGGAAGUGAAGCCCACUCUUAUUUUGAAGUUUAUUUUUCUGACAGCCUUAAAAUCUGUUUGACAUUAAAAAUAAAAAAUGUUCAAAUUCUGA